AUGGAUGAGAUGUCAGGAAGUGAAGUUAUCGAUGGUCCAAAGUUGCAUAAAGCAAUUUCUUACGUUGUCGUUGGUAUCAAUACCAUUACCGAAAGUAAGAAGCUUUUCAAAUUUUUGAGAUCGAACGGCUACGCAGAUGUGUCCCUUUUCCACGAUUUCCCGGAUGUCAAGGAUACAUCUGAUGUGCCUAUCUCUACUUUGGACCAAACAGCUUCAGGCUCUUCUGCACCUCUUAACCAAAUACGCAACUCCUUUAACGGUACAAUCGAAGAGUUAUUCUCAAAUCGUGACGCAGUUUCAAAGCAUGUUAUAGAAAAAACAGCAAAUAGCCACUUCUGUUGUGCUUUGUGUGGUCGUCAUCGUCCAUUGGUGGAAGCUCGUAGCACAGCGAAGAAAAAAGAUCAGAAUGUUAUCUUUUUAUCGUGCUUAUUGAUGGAAAAUGAUGUUGAUAUGGAUAAGGUGGCCAAGCUUUACAAAGAAACUCUUGGCGCUUGCCGGCGCAUAUGUCAGGAUCAUUAUGUCAAAGCGGCUGCUUUCAUUGGUCGUGAGAUCAAAGAAAUGUAUGGUGAAUUUCCCAUUUAUGGACUGCACAAUGUUCCAGUGAACGUUCUUGAAGUAUUUCUGGCCCAUCUCCAAGUUUUUGGUGAUUGUAUUGAUGAAGAAGUCAUCAUAGAAACUCAUGAUGUAACAAGAUUUUUUAAUGAGUGUUUGGCAAGAUACUAUAGCGCUGAUGGUUGGAAUGUUGAGGAAAUGGAUGCUAAAUUGAAGAUCGCGAGAAAGAGAAAACAGACUUCAUCUGAAAAAGAGCUUAGAAGCGAGAAGAUUUCACCUUUGAAGCAGAAUUUACAUGCGACAACACCAGAAAAAGAACAAAUUUCGCCACUGAUCAUCGAAUCAAAGGAGGAGCCUCCCGAAAUUUACGAAGGGAUCUCUGCUGCGGAUCUUCUGGAGCAGUCUAUGCCAUCAUCAAGUUCAGCGGCAACUUUCGAGUCAACUUCGUUUAGAGGUGAAGAGCUGGACAGGCUUAUUUUCGAAACUGAAAAGGAUAGGAAGAAUGUAAGGGGCUCUGAUAGGAAUGAACCUCAUAGCACAAGCUCAGCAGCAUCAUCAACGCUCUACAAAAACGGUCUGAACGCUUCUGACGCUUCAGGCGAUCGGAAGUUCAGGCUUCGAUUCCGAAUGUCGCGGAAUUCUUUCAAAAUUUUAUGUGAUGCCCUGGUUUCAUUUCUUGAGCAACGUCACAAAUCAGCGAAAAGUUCCAUAGCCAUAAAAGUUGGCACAGCGUUAGAAGUGCUCGCUGGACGUGGGAACGCUUUAAAGGGAUUAAAUCUGAUGGGUUCAAGUGUUACUGAUAUAUUCGAUGAAGUAUUGGACGCUUUACUGGCAUGGUCUAGAUCGGUGAUUCAGUGGCCGAGCGAGGAUGAGAGGAGGAAGAUUGAAAAAAGGUGA